CUUAUUUCACUAUGUCGUAGUCGGUUGUGUUUCGUACCUUCAUAGUAGCCGUAUAUACAUAUACAUAUAUAUAUUAUUAUAUAUUUUUUAUAUGAAAUCACCAUAGAGUUUGGUUUAUUCAUGUUUAACAAACCUAAGGAAAAGAAACUCAUAACAUUGUAAGUGAAUCUUAAUAUUAUGGACUAUCAUCAACUGACAAGAUCAGUUAACUAUCAUGGGAGUACUCUUGCUAAGUAUCUUAUCUUUGAAGGACAAAAUGUAGGAGAAGAUCUUGUAGUUCCACCUGAAAGAGAUAACUUCCGAAAUCGUUCUGAAAUCAGAGACCGAGUGUUUACAAAUACUGUGCAGCGUUUCAUUGCAAGAAAAGCUGAUCUUCUGUUUAGCAAUGACAAGCCUCCUAGAGAGGUACCACAUGUCUAUAAGUCCUAUGGAUUGGGGGAAGACUUCUAUUCAAUACUUCCUCCUGUGGAGUCAUUCAUGGGGUUACCUCCCGAGGAUAGCAAGGAACAUUUCUAUCAGAGUGUGGAAAGGAAGGAUAUUCUUAUUGGCAGCGUAACCUCAAUAAUUGAUAAUGGAAUUAUCAUUACCUUGCUUUGUAUGGAUGGUGUUAAAGCAAGAGAUAUUGACCAUUUAAAAGUUACUGCUUUCUGUCAUUGCAAAGAAUUGCCUCGGCAUUACAACUAUUCAAAUCCUAUCGAAGCAUUUCAAGUCAAUGAUAAAGUACGAGGUGUAGUUGUUAAUGUCAACCGUGAAAAUAAGAAAAUCUUGAUAUCUAUGCUUGAUAAGUACCUUUCAACUGAGAAUUACCCUUUUCCUAAGCUGGGCCUUAUUACGACAGAAGAUUUACCAGUUCACUACAGACGGAAGAUGUAUUAUUGUGGUUUGUCUUAUGAUGAAUUGAUUCAUACUGUGAUUGGCUUUAACAAUUCUGGCUGUAUUCCUUACCUGCUACAGUUGUUGAAACAUCCUGAAGACACAGGUUCUCUAACAAGAAGCUUGAACAAGUUUUCACUUCCUGAAACUGAAUUUGCAGAAGGACUUAGCAAUGCUCAGUCGAGACGAAUGGCUAACAAGAGUGUGGCUGAAGGAAUUGCAUUAUUUAAAAGAAACCAAGAAUUAGAAGCAAUGCAGAUGUUUAAUAAAGCUCUUCAGAUAGAUCCCAGCAACGUAGAAGCUCUUGUUGCUCGAGGUGCUUUAUAUGCUAAUAAUGAAAAUUACAAAAGAGCUAUUGAAGACUUUGAAGGAGCUUAUUCCACAAAUCCUCGCCAUCAAAAUGCCUGCAAAUAUCUUUGUCAAACACUUGUAGCUCAUGGGAAAAUCCUGGAAGAACAGAAUAAAGCAGAUGAAGCAGAGCACUACUAUAAGCGGGCACUCCAAGUGGAUCCACUUAAUACAGAUGCCAGUCGUUAUAUGCGGCAUAUUUUGUUUAAGUCAAAGGCUGAUCCUAAUUCCACUCCAGCUGGCCGUAAUAUAGAAUCUUCUUCCUCAAGACAUAGAAAUUCAUCCCACUUGGAUAGUAUGGAAGGAAGCUUUUCACAACAUAAAUCUAAACUAGAUAAAUCUGGACAUUCCUACAAGAGGGUUGUUGUCUCUGAUAAAUAUCAACAUUAUAGAAAAGAUCACAAGUACCAUGAUGGCUCAGCUUCUGAUGCAUCCUCUUCACAUUCUUUAAACCUGAAUCCAUCAAGAAUGCAUCGUUCUCUUGAUGUAGACUCCCAUAAAUCCCAGCAUAGUCGCCACUCAGAGACACAUAAUGAAAGUCGCUCCGAUACUCGUGAUUCCCACUUUUCUGAUAGUCAAACAGUCUCUGAAUUCAGCCAUAGCCAUUGGGAACGGCAUAGCUCACCUGGGAAAAGCUAUAAGAUAAAUCCAGAAACCAGGUUAGUGCAAAAUAAGUCAAUCCGUGACAGACGGAGUAGGACUAAUUCUAAAUCUCCUGACUAUUCAGUAUGGGAUGGAAAGUUAUCUCGAGAUAAUUCUCCACAUAGUUAUGACUCUGUGCCCUCCACUUAUAGAAAACCUUCAUCUAACAUCAGUGAUCAUUUGAACAGGACUAAAGUCAGAUCACAGAGUCAAGAGUUCAAAGAGAUUUAUAUCAACCGAGAAAGAUCUCAUAGAUUUCCUCCAAAUGAAGAGAGCCAUUCCAAGUCAAAAAAGACAUUACAAGAAGUCAUUUUUGAUGAUAAUUAUCAAUCUAUGUGUAAAUACAGCAGUUUAAAUUCUAAGGAGUGUUAUGAUGACAGCCAAGACAGGAAAAGUAACUAUAGGGUGAAGAGCCGAUCACCUAGCAAUGACAGCAAAAAGUCAAAUAAACAUUUAACAUCUCAUCAACACAUAGAAUCAAGUAAAAGAAGACAAUUGAAGGAUCUUCAUGGUAAACAAGCUGUUGAUGAAUCCUACUCAAUGAAAGGAGGUGGAAAGGAUUCUGACUUGUAUUUCACACAUGAUAAUAAAAUAGGCAAGAAACGAAGUCUGAGUCGGGAUAGAAAACACAAGUCUAAUGAACCAGCUUAUAAAUAUGCCAGGAAACAUUCACCAACUGCAAGUCUCCCUGAACUGAAUCGCGAUGAUGAUGGCAGCCAAAAAUUCAAACUACCAGAUAUUGUUGAAAGUACCCGUAGUCAUAGGAGAAGUGUGUGUAUUGAACCACGACAGAAACAUACACAUUCAGUAAAUAAAAAGUCUAAUUCUAAUAGCAAACAUCAAAGUUCAAAGGAAUCCAGCAGUCUUGAUACUAAUAUAAAGCAAUCUUUGCAAAGGAAAGGAAAAUGUGGCAGACACAGAAGUAGUUCUACUGAUUCUUCUUCAUCUUCAUCAUCGUCAUCAUCAUCAUCUUCAUCAUCGUCAUCAUCAUCAUCAUCAUCCACUUCUACGUCUUCAUCUUCUUCCUCAUCCCCUUCAUCAAAUACUUCAUCUAGUUCUAGUUCUGCUUCUUCAAACAGAACUCGAGAUAAAUUGAAGAGAUCUUUAGAUAAUCAUUCAGUUUUUAAUUUAAAAUAUAAACAUAAUGACAGUUGUGAUGAAUCAAAGAGUUAUCAAUCAAAGAAAUGUGUUUUGGAUUCUGAAACAACUGCAAAACGUUUACGAAAGACUGAAAAACUUAAAGAAGAAGAGACAGUGUCUGAGAAAAAAUUAUCAAAGCCUGAGAAUAAAGACUAUAAAAGUCAUAGAUCAAGCCAUAGUAGGAGUUCCAAACACACAAAGUCUCAUGAAGAUGAUAAGAAUGAUUUUAGACGUAGAAAAGAAGAAACUAAUUCUAGAUCAUCUGAGUCUAGUUCAAAGGGAUGUUACAUUCCAAAAUCUAAUAAAGAAGACUCUAGCUCUCAUGCUUAUUACCAUCAAUCAGCUACUGGAAAGAGCCCAUCAGGUUCAGAUAAAUUAGUAGGUUCAUCUUCUAGAAUUAAUGAUUCUGUUGAUAAAUUUCUAGAAGCUGACAGGAAAUUUAUGGAUAGGAAAAAUUUGUUUCAAGAUUCAGAAUCUAGUGGUAAAACACUAGAUACUGAUACUUUGAAGUUAGAAAAUGUGAAAAAAAUUCCAGAAACUGAUAGAUGUUCAAGGUUUGUUAAAUGUUCUUCAGACGAGGUAAGAACUAUAGAUGAUAAUGAAAAUACUGAAUUUAAAGACACUGUUACUUUAAGUAUUGGUGAAGACAAUCGGAAACGUAGAAAUAUUGCAUCAAAACAAAUCAAUUAUGAGACUUUUAACUCUGUUACUAAAGUUUCUUUACUGGGCAAUUGUGAUGAAAGUGACUGCAAUCAAUCAGUACAGAAAGUUAAAAAUAUGUCACAAAUUACUGAGGAAUGUUCAGAAACAACACUUGUAAAAUCUGAUAGAUGCUUUGAGAAUAUGGGAAUGAAUAGUUCUAGUAAAUCCUGUUCAGAAAAUGAAACUAGUUUACUGACUAAUGAAGAUAAACAACAGCCACCUUUGCCUACUUGUGUAUCACCUCCACCUCUUCCACCAUUUCCUGAACAACAGUCUCCUUUACUGUUACCUCCACUUCCUUCUUCUCCUUUGAUUGAGACAGCAGGAAAGAAAGAUUCAAAGUUAUGCAGACACAAUGAAGAGGUUGAAGAACAAGAUGAAAGUGUUUCAGAAAUUAUCUCUAAUAGUAAUACUACUCAAAGAGAGCAGAUAUUUGAUGGAGAGAAACAAAUGAAAGAAGUGGGUGGGAAGCAGAUUUAUAAAGAUGGAAAUAAAAGUUUCAAUGAGAGCACUAAUGACACUAUAAAAAUGAUUCAGUCAACAGAAACUCUUGAUGAAUUGGAGAGUUUCUUAAGUCAAUUGAAGGAGAAAAAGAAACAACAAAUGAUGGCUGAAGGUAAAGUAUCAAAAUGGAGAAAAGUGUGAAUAAAGAAAGAAGUCAUUUUUUUUUAUGUAAAUAAGCUUCUACAAAGGAGAAACUUGGUCAUUGUGGUUUUCUCUCCCAUUUUAAUUUUCAAUAGUCUAAGUUAAUGCCUGAAUCUGAUAUAAAUCACCAGCUUCAUCCUAUCCAUUAUUGUUGAAGAGAGAAACAUCUUGUAAAAAGCCUCAGAAUAUUAGUAUUAUUAGAACUACAAAAUGUUCCUCUAUGCUCUGGCACUGGCAUUUAUUGGAGGUUGGUAUUCUUUCACAUGGACAAUUUUUAUCUGAAAUAGCUUACUUUUCAUUCUUUGUUCCUUGGCAGACUGUUGUCCCCCACCAUUUCUCUCACUUUGUAAAUCUAUCUUGUUGUUCACAGCUGUGCAGCACAUGGUUGUUCUCUGUGAAUGUAUGCUAAUCAUUUCAAUUAUCAGGUUUUUUCCCCUGAGGGAUUUGAUUUGAUUAAAUUAUCUUUUCCUAUGGA